GUCGCCGGCCCUCGCUGGUGGUCUUGUCGCAUCGUCUGGCUUGCCCGCCAGCGUCCAACACCUGCACCUGCAUCUGAACUCAUGGCUUCUGCUCCCGAGGAGGACUUUAGUGCCCUGCCUCUCGCCGACCGGCUGGUUCAUAAGGCCUGGAAGGCGAGGCAGCAGGCAUAUGAAGAGCUUGCCAAGAUCUUCAAAACCCUUGACCCCGAUGCGGAAAAUGAGUACAAGAAAUAUCAGGACUAUCUAAAGAAGAUGGUCGCCGAUGCGAAUGCCAUAGCUCAAGAGGCUGGGUUUUCAGCAAUCUUGUCUUACGUCGAAAAUGCCCCAAAUGCAACAAAAACCCGGAGCGUCUUGGCUCCGCUCGUCACAGAGAAGGGCUUGGGCUCCACUCGAGCAGGCACCAAAUCCAAGGCGCUUGACAUCCUGCUCAUGUAUAUCGAAGUCGAUGUUCCUGAUCCCACGAUUGAAAUCGUCAUCCCGCUGGUGGACCACAAGACCCCGAAGGCAGCCACGGCCGCAGUUAACGCCCUCAAGGAAAUCGUCCGCCUAUUCGGGUGCAAGCAUGUCAAUGUCAAGCCCAUCGUCAAAAUUUUGCCCAAGAUCUUCGAUCACAAGGACAAAGGCGUGCGGUCGGAGGGAACCGGUCUUGCCCUUGAGUUGUAUCGCUAUCUCGGCCCAGCCUUGAUGAACUUCCUGCAAGACUUGAAGCCUGUGCAGAUCAAAGAGCUCAGCGAGCAGUUUGACAAUCUGCCCAAAGACCGACCGGUCCCAGAGCGCCUUCUGCGAUCGGAACAGAUCCGUGUCGCGGCAAGCGGUGGGGCAGAAGGAGACGGCGAUGAAGGUGCUGACGACCCUGGCGAAAGCGCCGAUGCGGAUCCCAUCGAUGCCAGCGAUCUCUAUGAGCCCGUGAAUCUUCUUGACAAUCUUCCAAAGGGCUUUUAUGAAACACUGGCAUCCAAAAAGUGGCAAGAGCGCAAGGAGAUCCUCGAUACGCUCGUCACCCUCUGCAACGUCCCGAAGCUGCAGGAGGGCAAGUACGGCGAACUUGUGAGCGUACUCGCAAAGAGGGUCAGCAGCGAUGCCAACAUCGUCGUCGGCACUCUGGCAAUCAACUGCAUCGAAUACAUUGCCAAAGGACUCCGUACUGGCUUUGCGCCGUACCGCGGUGUGGUUAUUCUCCCGCUGCUGGAAAAGUGCAAGGAGAAGAAGCAGAAUGUCCUGGAAGCUCUACGAAGAGCGCUCGAUGCCGUCUUUGCCUCCAUUUCGUUUGCCGAAAUCGUCGAGGAUGUUACGGCCACGGCUGGACACAAAAACCCCAACGUCCGCCAGGAGACCGUAGCAUGGAUGCUUCGUAGCCUGCAGGUUACGCGAACUCCGCCUGGAAAGCCAGAGAUCAAAGCUUUUGCAGAGAUAUUUUUGAAGACCAUCGAUGAUAGUACGAACGAAGUUCGUGAAGUUGCCUGCGAGGCACUCGGAACCCUCAUGAAGGUCGUCAGCGAGCGAGUGAUGGCGCCUUACAUGGAAAAAGUCGAAAAGUCAAAGGAAAGCAAAGUUAAAGAGUACUUUGAGAAGGCUCAAGUCAAACACGUGGGCGGUGCGCCUACUCGCAAGCCCGCAGCCGCAGCAUCAUCAGCUCCGAAGAAGGCGUCUGCGCCAGCGCCCAAGCCGGCAUCAUCAGGGCCCGCUGCUCCUCCCAAGGCAGCACCAGUCAAAUCGGCCCCUCCGAAGGCCGCUGCGGCUGGUAAGCCCUCGACCUCUGCCAAGCCAACUCCGUCCAGCUCGUCUGCAAGCUUGAAUAGCUCCUCAGCCUCUGCAGCCCCACAGCCCUCCAAGAAACCCAAGGCCGGUGGGGCGCCGCAGGAGAGCGGGCCUAUUACCUUCAAGUUCUCGGAUGAGUCAGCCGAAUCUGGCUUUGCCGAGAGCUAUGGCGAGGAGAUACUCACCCAGCUGUCCGAUGGAGCAUGGAAGACGCGUCUUGCAGCCAUGCAAUCCCUCAAGGAGGCUAUCGAAGCCAAAGAAUCGGAUAUCGAAUCUGAGAUGUUGAUGCGUGUGCUUUGCCAAAAGCCUGGGUGGAAGGAGAGCAACUUCCAGGUGACAACAGUGAUGUUCAACACCAUUCAGCACAUUGCCAAGAAUGCCGCCGAUUUUGGUCGCGCGGCAGCCUCGUUAGCCAUCGCUGGACUUGUGGACAAGCUUGGCGAUAUGAAAGUUAAACGAGUGGCCGGUGACUGUCUGACGACUUUUGCAGAAAUGACAAGUCUGCAGUUUGUUCUCAGUCAAGCCUACGAGCCUCUGAAGCAGAUGAAGGCAGUGAAGACUCUGGCCGACUCAAUAAUGUGGAUUCAGCAAACGCUCUUGGAGUUUGGCGUUGCAGGACUCUCGCUCCGUGAGCUCAUCGAGUUUUUGAAGAUUCCCCUGGGCAAUUCCAAUGCCAGCGUCAGAGCCAACGCCGUUACCGUUCUUGGAACUCUGCGCAUGUUUGCCGGGCCCGAUAUUCGUGUAUUUGUCCAAGAUGUGAGCCCGGCCCUCUUGGCCACAAUCGAUACCGAAUUCGAGAAGGCUGGCGCCAAAUCGCCGCCUGCACCCGAGAGAACCCAAAAGAAUCUCACGGCAGGAGGGUCCAAUGGCUCCGAAAGCGCUGCUGCCAGCGGCGACGACAUUGCCGAUGAUCUCUUUCCGCGCAUUGAUAUCAGUGACCAGAUUACACAGGCACUAUUGGAUAAACUUGGAGAUGGACAAUGGAAAACCAGAAAGGAGGGUCUCGACGAUGUGUCCCAGAUCAUCGAGGCGGCCCACAAGAGACUAAAGCCCAAUCUUGGAGAGCUUGUCCCUGCGCUCAAGGCGCGUCUGGGCGAUAGCAACCGUAAUUUGGGCAUGAAUGCGGCUGAGCUCUGCGGCACACUUGCUGCCGCGGUCGGCAAGCCCUUUGAAAAGCAUGCCAAAAUACUUGCCGGCCCGAUCGCGGGCCUCCUGGCAGAUCAAAAGGCACACGUUCGUGGUGCAGCACUUGUUGCGCUGGAGCAAACCAACGCAGCUGUGGGGAUUUCGGCUCUGAUCGCAUCAUUCGCCACUGUGUUGAUGACCGACCAACCCCUCCUUCGCAAGGAUCUGCUGAAGUUCAUGAACGACAAAAUGGACGAGGCCAAGGAAAAUGGCGUCGAGUUCCCGGACCUGACUUGCUUGGUUCAUCCGAUACUGCUCUGUCUGCAAGAUAAAAACGCCGAGAUUCGCAAAGGAGCUGCGAGUCUGUUGCCCCACACCGCCGAGAAUGUCGGCUACGAGUUCAUUCGUGAUCGUAGCUCCGAACUUUUCAAGGGAUCAGCCCUUGCAAGCAUUACUCCAUAUCUGGACGCCGUCAAGCCAAAAGGUGCCGAUCCUGCUCCGGCAACAUCAGGCUCGUCCAAGCUUGGCACUCCCAAGAAAAAGCCAGCGCCAGGACUUUCGCGUGCUCCUGCCGGCGACUCGGAUGCAGCUGGCCCCGCUGGAAGCAAGCUCCGGGCUGGUACCGCUGCAAGUAGCAAGACCCGAGCUACGCGGGCAGCCUCAACCUCGACGGCCGUGUCGAGCUCAAGAUCGCCGUCCGUGAUGGAAGAGUCAUCCUCAAGUCUACUCGUUGCUGAUCUCAAGGCCAAGGAGCUGCGCGAGAAACAGGACCGCGGCCUCAAUAAGUGGACGUUCGAGUCGCCCCGCAAGGAACUAAUUGAUCUGCUCUCAGAGCAGUGCCACCCUUAUUUCUCUGCGCAGCUCCAUGCCGACAUGUUCAGCACCGACCACUACAAAGAAAAGGCCUUCCUCAAUGCGCUGUCCUCGCUUGACAACUGGAUCGUGACCGCCAAGGAAGGCGACCAAUGGAGCGAUGUCAAGCCUGCAUUUAUUGCCAACUCUGAUCUUAUUCUCAAAUAUUUGACCAUUCGCUUCUUUGAUACCAACACCAGCAUGCUGAUCAAAUGUCUGGACUUGCUUGAACAUAUCUUGGAGAUCAUGGAGGAAGACGGCUGCAGGCUCUCUGAGUACGAAGCGAGCAUGUUCCUGCCCUUCUUCAUCAACAAGGUCGGCGACAACAAAGAAACGAUGCGCGUCAAGAUCCGUGGCAUCAUGAAGCAGAUCUGCAGGGUGUACCCGUCCAGCCGAAUGUUCACGUACUUGAUGAAUGCUCUUUCCUCCAAAAACGCCCGGACACGCACCGAGUGUCUUGAUGAACUGGGUGUGCUGAUUCAGAGCGGUGGUAUGGAAAUUGCCAACCCAAGCAAGAACUUUCCUCUCAUAGCUGCCCAAAUCUCAGACCGCGAUGCCAAUGUCCGAAAUGCCGCCAUCAACGCGAUCACCCAGGGCUAUCUCAAUGUUGGCGAGCAAGUCUUCAAACUCGUUGGCCGCAUUCCCGACAAGGACCGAAGCUUGUUGGAGGAAAAGUUCAAACGACUUCCCCCACAGCCUGUUUUCCGCAAAGAACCAUCUCGCGCGGCCAUCCCUGUCGCCGCUUCGUCAGGUUCCUUAAACAGCUUGUCGUUGGAGCAGCAGCAGCAACAGCAGCAGCAACAGCAGCAACAACAUCAUCAUCAGCAGCAGCAGCCCUCGCGGAGCUCCGAAGCUCACUUCGAAAACGACGCGCGCUCCCGUCAUAUUCGAAGCGAGUCCUCAUCCAGUCUUGGCUCUAGCCCUGUACCGACUCCAGCAUCCGAGUACGCUGCACCGCAACCUACACAGCAGAGCUCCUCCGGCUUCCCGUUGCAGGUCAAGAAGGAGUUCAGCUUGGAUCUGGAUAAACUCGGCAUGGAUCCUGGUCGCAUGAGACGAGCGGAUACUUACGCGGACAAUAUGUCCGACGACAUGGCGCUUAGUCGCCUCGUUCCUCAAAUCGCCAGCCGUGAUCCGUAUCAAAGUAUCGACGCUCUGAAGCAACUCGAGCGCAUCCUCAUGAACUCGACGAGCACACUGAUCCCCUUCAUCGAUCAGAUCGUGCUGACCAUUACUGGUGAGAUCCGCACCGCUUUCACCCACCCGGAAGCGGCCACUCCCAGCAUCGGAAGGCUUUGCAAGCAUUUGGUCAAUGUUUUGGUGCAAGUUUUUACGUAUCCGGAGCUCGCUUGUGUUGUGCCUACCGAUCCGCUCGAGAGAUGCAUGAGCGAGCUGCUGAGUCGACUCCUCGAUCCGAAACUGCAAAAACUUGAGCAUGGCACCCAUCUCGCCCGCGCCUUGAACGUCUUGAUGGUUCGCAUUCUCGAAAACAGCGAUCGAAACUCGUCGUUCAGUGUACUCCUUGUUAUUUUGGAAAGGACGGCGCCGGUAUCAAGGGAUAUGGCAGCCGAGGAUAUUCAAUACCACGCCAAGUUUACGGAGCUGGUGAUGAAGUGCCUCUGGAAAAUGACCAAGCUUAUCUCGCACCUCAUCACGACUCCAAGCUUCAAGAUCAACAAGCUCAUCCUCGACGUUCACACUUUCCUCGUCAAAACACCACCAAUCGAAUGGAAGCGACGUGCGGCCGAAAAGGUCAUUCCCCAAGCGGACAUGCCCCUGCGGACUGUAAAGACGAUCCUGCAUGAGCUCGUGAAUCACCUCGGGCAGGCAGUCUUCCAGUAUACCGAUCUAAUUCCCCGGGACGACCCAAAGAACUCAACUAUCGCCUAUCUUCGACAGAUGGUCGACAACAUCUCGAAGAAGAAUGGCCCUGAGACUGCGGCGAUAGAGAGGAGUGCUCCAGCUCUUAAUUGCGACGUUGACGACGAUUCCACCACGUCCUACAUCCGUCCCCCCCGACAAACUUACUACGACUCAUCAUCACCCACAUACGACAGCGAUGGAGUCAAUGUGGAGAUUCAUUCCGAGCUCUCCAAAAUAUUUGCUCGCAUCGGCAGCAAAGAGUUCACGAAGCAAGGCAUCCAGGAUCUGUACGAAUUCCAGAAGCGCAAGCCCCAAUACCAGAACGAUAUCAACUUCUUCUUGGGGAGAACUGGUUCAUAUUUCCAGGGCUACAUCCGUCGGAGCCUGGCCGCCCUGGAAAAGGAGGAGUACAACCGGAUUUAUGGUGUCGAGUCGGCCACUGCUCCAGUGCAACCCCCUGAGGAAUUCCUUGAAUCCUUGGCGAGGCUGAAGAGAGAGUACAAAGGCCUAUCGGCCUCGAGGGAUUCCAAUGGUCCCCCGGUCUCACCCACCGCUGCUCGCUUCUCCAUGCCUGCGCGGCCCGGUGGUUCGUUUGAUCGUUUCGGGGCUGCUGCACCGAUAACUGGCACCGGCUCGACCGACGACGCAACGACUCGCCGACCCAUGUCACUGCAGCCGACCCCAAGGAUCGGCGGCGACAGUUCUCAAGGCCAAAGCAUCGCCGAGCUGAAAGAAAAACUGGCGCGUGUCCGCCGCCUGGCCUCCGAUGACACCCAGCCGAACCGAUUUUAAUGCUAGAAUCGAUGGUGCAGUGUGAACUGAGCGCUCUCUCUGGGCUGGUCAUGACUAUAUUUUUUUUCUGGACCCUGAAUACACCGCCGCCAUGACCAAA